GUUUCAAGUCAAUAACGUACUAGUUCAGAGAAUGUUAUUUUAAAUGAAGAUCAACUGGCAUGGAACAGAUUCACGGUCACAUAGCAUUCCGUUCAAUUAUAAUAAGUGACAUUGUAUUAUUUAACUGGGACGCGAUAUUUAAAAACCAUUUUGUGUAAGUCCUCAUGCAGAUGGGGUUGGCUUGCAUUGUCUCUUUGUUCUUGAACUUAGACCGAAUCCACUAGUACUGUCUGGUUCUUGCUUUGCUCCGCUUCAAAUUCUGCAAUUUCAGUAUUUUUCAGAUCUGUCAUUCUCUCCGCAUUAGGUUUCCCAGCUCCCCUCCUUUCUGUUGAAAUUCUAGUCCUUUUCCUUCAUGAUUUCAUCACCCUCACCAAUUUUUCUCUCUUUCUUUCAACUGUAAAUUUUUUUCGUGCCACCUUACCUCACCAAACCAAGACCUUUCUGCUCCUUACCUGCUUCCUUCUUAUUUUACCCACUCCUCAUCAUAUUUCUGGAACGUUCUGCAGUAUACCGAAUUUAACGUUGAAUGUGCGCUGAAGAAUCUAACAGAGUUUAACGUAAACGGAUGAACCUGAGCCACAGGGCAACUUGGACCAAUUAGCUUUUCUGGGUUAAUCUCGUUUUCUUCAAAAAAAAUGAACAACUUCUGGGUUCCUAUCUGUUUCUUGCUUCUCACUCUAUCCAUCUCCUCUCAAAUCUCAACCGCUCAGCUCAGUCCAAGCGAAGUUCGAAUCCUCUUCCAAGUGCAAAAGCUUCUCGAAUACCCCGAACCUCUUCAGGGAUGGACGAACUGGACCAACUUCUGCUUCCUCCCUUCCUCCCCCUCCCUCCGGAUCGUCUGCACAAACAACCGCCUAACCGAAUUAACCGUCACCGGAAACAAAACCAAAACCUCCCCUCCAAACCAGAGCACUCUGUCCAAAUCCUUCUCCAUCGACUCCUUGUUCACCGUCCUCACCAAGCUCUCCAACCUCAAAUCCCUCUCAUUGGUCUCCCUCGGCCUGUGGGGCCCGCUGCCGACGAAGAUCAACCGGUUCUGGUCGCUCGAAACGCUCAACCUCAGCUCGAACUCCAUCUCCGGCGAGAUACCGGCCUCCCUCAGCUCGAUCAAGAAUCUCACGAGCAUAAAUUUGGCUGACAAUCUCCUCAACGGAAGCGUUCCGGAUCUCAGACCGCUAACAUUUCUCCAAGAAAUCAACCUCGGAAACAACACACUGGGUCCUGGAUUUCCCUCUUUGGGAGACAGUAUUCAAAUCAUCGUUCUCAGAAACAACUCCAUGAGAUCUGAUAUUCCGACAGGACUGAAGAACUUCGAUCAGCUGACGAAACUGGACAUCUCCUACAACAAAUUUGUGGGUCACAUCCCAUCUUUCCUCCUCUCGCUGCCCUCCAUCCAGUUCAUCAAUCUUUCCAAGAACGAGCUCAGUGGGGCCCUGUCAUCCAACGUAACCUGCGGUAAAAACCUCAUAGUUUUGGACAUUUCCCAGAAUUUUUUGAUUGGGAAGCUGCCCACCUGCGUCGGAUCGAACUCGAAGGCUUCGAACAGGACGGUUCUGGAUUCGUGGAACUGUUUGUCGGGUGGGAACUCGAAGUACCAGCAUCCGUAUUCCUUUUGCCACAAGGAAGCUCUGGCCGUGAAGCCGCCGGCUGAAACUGCAGGGAAGAAGGAGGAGAACAGGACAAAGCUAGGUGUGUUGCUGGGUGUGAUUGGUGGCAUUGUGGGUGUUGCUGGUGUUGUUGGGUUGCUGGUUUUGGUCAUCAUCAAAAGGGCAGGGAAGAGGGAGGCAGAGGAUCGAUUUGACAGAUCCAUGGCGGAGAAAACCUCUGUCAGAAGCUCCCCAAAGCAUAAUAUUAAUGCAAGGCGUGUGCCGCAGAUGAUGAGGCUGCCGACACUCGGGCUCCCUCCGUAUCGUGGUUUCACACUCGAAGAAAUCGAUGAUGCAACGAACAAUUUCGACGCUGCAAAUUUGAUGGCGGAAGGAUCCCAUGGACAGGUGUACAAAGGUUGGCUGAGAGAUGGUUCACAGGUGCAAGUGAGAUGCGUGAAGUUAAAGCAGAAGCAGUUGCCACAAAACUUGAACCAGAGCAUGGAAGGCUUGUCAAAGAUGAGGCAUAGGCAUUUGGUCAGCCUUAUAGGACACUGCACUGUCACGUACCAGGACCAUCCCACCGCAUCUAGCACGGUAUUUAUUGUUCUCGAGAACAUCACCAACGGGUCGUUGAUAGACCAUCUCACUGAUUGGAGAAAGAAGGAAUGGAUGAAAUGGCCGCAGAGAAUGGCGGUUACUAUUGGCAUUGCGAGGGGAGUCCAGUUCUUGCACACCGGCGUGGCUCCCGGGAUCUUUGGAAACAAUUUGAAGAUAGAGAACAUAUUGUUGGAUGAGAGUGUUUCUGCCAAAAUCAGCAACUACAAUCUUCCGUUGCCAUUUCAGGUUGGUUCAGAGGAUCCUCGUAAUGGACAAGGGAUUAGCAGUAAUUCCCAUCUGAACAGCGCCGAAGCCGAGAAGGAGGAUAUUUACCAGCUGGGCAUUAUUCUGCUUCAAGUUCUUACUGGUAGAUUGAUCAAAUCAGCUACUGAAUUGGAUGAGCUUAGGGUUCAGUUAGAAAAGGGCUUGAUGGAAGGACCAUCGACACUACGAGAAAUCGUAGAUUCGUCGAUGAUGGGAAGUUUUGCGUACCAGUCGCUGAAGACAGCAGUUGAAAUCACAGUCAAUUGUUUGAGCAGAGAUCCAAGCAAGCGUCCUUCGAUAGAUAAUGUUCUUUGGAAUUUGCAGUAUUCGAUUCAAGUUCAAGAGGGAUGGACUAGCAGUGGAAACCUCAGCGCACAAAUGUAGUAGUAGUUCUUUCGUUGGAUUUACAGUUCUUCUUGUUACUUGUUAGGCAAGGUAUAUGAAUAAAUGAAAGGCUAUACAAUUCAACUAGUGUUUCCUGUUUUGCUUAGCAAAAGUAUUAAGCUUUUGAUUUUAUUUUAUUU